GUUGGAUAAGGCCGACGAGGGCCCCUUCUGUCUCCACGUGGCAACACGUACACCUGUGGACAGGAUGGAGAACAACACUGAAUCCAGAAAGCUGAACGGCCAGCUUGAGGGUUCCGCAGCCCUUUCAAAACCCAAAGAGAGCAUGCAGCUCAAAAAGGAAAUCUCUCUUCUGAACGGCAUCAGCCUCAUCGUGGGGAACAUGAUUGGCUCAGGCAUAUUUGUGUCGCCUAAGGGUGUUCUGAUCUACAGCGCUUCCUACGGACUGUCUCUUGUUAUCUGGGCCAUCGGUGGCAUCUUUUCAGUAGUGGGUGCACUCUGUUAUGCAGAGCUGGGUACAACAAUCACUAAGUCCGGUGCCAGCUACGCCUACAUCCUGGAGUCGUUUGGAGGCUUCAUAGCAUUUAUACGUCUGUGGACAUCGCUGCUUAUCAUCGAACCGACAGGCCAGGCUGUAAUUGCCAUAACUUUUGCCAACUACUUGGUU